CGAAAGAGUGAGAAGAUGAUGAUGAUUAAGAUGAUAAAUUGUAAAGAAAAGGAUGAAGAUGAUGAGGAUGAUAAAAAGUGGAAGAUGAACAUCACCUUGGAGGCAUAAGAUGCUUUUUCUUAAAAUCAUUUCUCUUCACUCAAUCUUCCAGUCCUCAUCUUCCCUCCCGUCCGAUAAUACUAAUCAUCGUUACGAGAAUCGUAAAGUUCAAUCAACAAUUAAACUAGUGUAUCAAUCUAAAUUGUUAAGAACCGUAUAAGUCUUACUUUUAAUUGUUAAUCGGUCCUGCAAAACUUAGAUUAGGUUAAUUGGUUUAAUUACAAUUUAAAUUUCGUUGGAUGCACAUGGACAAUGAUUAUUUGUGAUCAAGUGAUGGUCAUUCAAUCAAUUAAAUUGUUAUUACCCUCAUCAUGUUUUCAACGUCAUUUUCAUCAUUAUCAUCAUUUUCACCACCACCACCACUAUUAUCAUCAUUUUCAUCAUCAUCAACAACAAAAUCAACAGCAACAAUUAAAAUCAUUCUAAUAAGUGUAUUGUGAAUUUCAUUAAACAACAACAAAAUCCCAAUAACAAUCCCAUUGACUUUGAAAACUUUUCAAUCAACAAUCAAUAACAAACUUUUCACUCAAACUAUCGGGACAAUAAUCUAAUAUUAAACAAUCAGAUCAUCUUAAUUACGCUAAUCAAAACAUCACAAUGAAUAAAUUUACAUUAAAGGAGGUUUUUGAACUGAUUAAUUUACUUCGUAUCGAUGUAUUCAUGUUCGUGUAUAUAUUUGGAUUCAUGUUACCCAAUGUUACCCUUAAUCAACUAGUUCAGGACAAAAUUUGUCUCAAUGAAUUUAAAUACGAUCCCAAAUUUUGUCUUGACUUGGGCGCUGCUGAACCUCAAUUCGAGGUACAGAAAAACAAAGUCCUCGAAUAUGCGACAACCAUGAAAAACUAUCAAACACUAAUCGCCACCACUCCCGGGGUGGUUUUAUCCCUGUUCAUUGGCUAUUGGAUUGACUCCUAUCCCUCCCACCUUAAGUACCUACUCUCUGCCCCGGCGGUCGGUGCCAUUAUCCAAGCAUUCAUGGUGAUUUAUGAUGCAAUUAAUUUUCAAAGACAUCCAGCGACAACCUUGUAUUCAUUUAUAAGCAUCGGUUUCUCUGGAGGUAUUGGCCUGGUUUUCGCAGGUACAUAUAUCUAUACCACUCGAAUGACCCCGGUCAAGUAUCGGUCAGUAAGAUUUUCGGUUCUGGAGUUUUUUGCAUUUUCAGGUUUCCCGGUGGCAACGGCACUUGGAGGUAAAAUCUUAGCGCUUGACCCUUGGUUUCCGAAUCAGUAUCGUAAUUAUAUUGCCGUUUUCUUAAUCACGAUUGCAGCAAAUUCGUUCGGAAUCAUUUGGAUAUUGUUGUUUCUCAAAGAGGAGGAACCAGUCUCAGCCCAGAAUGAGCGGUCACUUGCCAAGAGCGCAACCAGCACCUCGUUAAACAGUAAUUGUAGUAACAAUAAUAACACUUUGAGUACUAACAAUGAUCUUAAUUAUAGUAUUAAUAACAAUAAUAAUAACAAUAACAAUAAUAACAAUAGUAAAGAUGAAAAUGAGAAGAUAAUUAAUAAUCUAAAUAACAGUAUUAACAGUGUUCUCAAUGGUUCAUCUGGUAAUGAGAUUUUAGAAUUGAAAACCGAUUUAACUGGAUUAGGAUUACAGGUCGUUGAUGAGACAAUUAUGAUUAAAUCAAACGGAGGAAUCAAAUCAAAUGGUAGUUUAACCAGUAUUAACACCAGUGUGAGUGUAAAUCUGGUUAAAAAUAGUAACAAUUUGAUACAAUCAACUCGAUCGACAUCAUCUAAAACAAUGGACUUGAUUAAGGAUAUUUUCAAUUUAAAUAAUGUUCGUAGUAUGAUUAAAACUUGUUGCCGUCGUCGUCCCAAUAGUGGACGAUUACGAUUGUGGCAUUUAAUGAUGGGAAUGACGGUAGCCCUGAUCGGUCAUCUUGGCGAAGCGGUGAUCGGCUAUCAGUUUACCCAGAAAGUUUACCAUUGGGAUGCGGAAUAUUUUUCCUACGUAAAUUCAGCGCUAACGGUGAUUCCCUCGGUUGUCCAGACCAUUUCACCGGCCAUUUUAAUACACAAGUUUCACCUUCACGAUACAACGGUUGCCGGUAUUGGUUGUAUUUCCAUAAUGAUUUCAACCAUAGUUAAAGGUGGAAUCCUUGAAUCGUAUGCCUAUUUUAUUGCCUUCAUCGCCGGUGCUUUUAGUGGUACAUUACCGAUCGCUUUUCGGUCACUUGUUUCCCGACUCAUCGAUUUCAAUGAGAUCGGCCAAGUUUACGCUCUACUGGCCUGCAUUGAAUCCUGUGCUCCCAUGAUCUCGUCCAUCUUUUAUUCAACCGUUUUCAAUGCGACCAUUGAAAAUUAUCCAGGUACCGUUUUCCAUGCCGUUACAUUGAUCUUUUUUUACCCGCUCAUGGUCAUCCUUUGGUUGGACUUGACCCGAUCCAAGUGGGAUGUCACAACUAAUAAUCCGGUAAUCAUUACAAUCGAUGAUCAGGAAGGAAUAGUUAAUAACAAUACAAAUUGUGGUAAAAUGAUCCAACGAUUUUAGUUGCACCUCCAGAAUUGAUAAUCGAGAAUCUAAUUGUAUAAUUAACAACAAUCUAACAUGAUCACAAUUUGAAUUAAUCUUUUAAUUACAAGAAGAAACAAAAGAGCAAUUAGUUUAACUAUUAUUAUUAUUAUUAUUAAUUUUCCCCUUCUAAUUUACAUUUAAUUAUAUAUAUAUCAAAUUCAAUUCCUCUUA